ACACUCUCGCAAACUGAAAACCUCUGCAUGCAUUACAUCUCACCAGAACAAAUUCACAUAGAGAGAGAUAGAGGAUGGCUGGAGUGAAAGGGAUUGUGCUGGAUUCGUCUGUACUAUUGCCGUCGGCCGAUGAUGAAGUAAACGGAGAUGCUGGCCUCCGCUCCGGCGCCGAAUUUUUGCUUCGCAAGCUGCGCUACUGCAAUAUCCCAAUCGGCAUAUCUCAUGAACAGGGUCUUUUGAGCUUGAAGGAGUGCCUUCUUAAAGAGGUAGCCAAAACCUACUUAUGUACAAUCUUCUGCUUAUCGCCAGAAGAUGAUAUUUCAAGUGAGGUUGACAGAAUCUGGGAGGGCAAAGAGGGAAAGCUUAUUCAUGUUAUCUCCUGUGGCAGAGAAGACCUCUCUCAGAAAAAGAAUGGUUCUCAUAUAUUGAAGGUUAUAGUUGGAUCUGCUGAAAGACAAGCAUCGAAUGGUUCUGACUAUGCUCUUACUGCAGAGAUGUUGAGCAUAUCUAUAAACAAACUCCAAGAGCUACCUUUGUUGGUAUGCAGUAUGAAUAGAAAGGCAGCAGGCGAAGAGGUCUCAGCAGUUGGCUAUGUGAUGAAGCCUUCUCGUGAAGAAGAUUUUGCCAAGAGAGGUGCCUUUCCGUUGUGUCCAACACAAAAUGGACUUAUCUUUUUGCCACUUAACUAUGAACUACCCAUCCCAUCUCAGUUGCAACUGGUUGACGCCAUUCUUCAUAAGGCAACCGAUGAGAUUUUGGCUGUUGACAUGGCUUCUCCUUCAGAAAUCAGUGACAAGGUUACAUUUACAAGAAAUUUGCAGGAAUUGCAAAGGUAUGUUGAAGGCCAGACAGAUUGCUGCAUGAUUGAUCCAUUUAACAACAUCUUCCCUAUAUUGGACCGUAUGAAGAUCCAGCAGAUCCUAAUUGGUUUGGAAACUCUCAACACGGAAGGCCGUUGUAAAAUCAGGGCACCUUAUUUUGUCAAGGUUGAUAGCUUUGAUGAUCCCAAUUUGGAACAAAGGCUAGUGGAAGCGAAGUUGUCGUUGCCAAAUAUUGUGAAACCUCAAGUUGCAUGUGGUGUAUCGGAUGCUCACAGUAUGGCAAUUGUUUUUAAAGUGGAUCAUUACAAGGAUCUAAAUGUACCCCUUCCAGCAGUGGUGCAGGAAUAUGUCGAUCAUUCAUCUUUGAUUUACAAAUUCUACGCUUUGGGUGGGAAGGUCUUUUACGCAGUCAAGAAAUCCAUUCCCAAUGCAGAUACCUUAAUGAACUUAGCUGCAGAGAAGGGACUGAAACCUUUACAUUUUGACAGCCUAAAAUCUCUCCCUGUUGCUAAAGAACAACUCAAUUUUGACGGUCAUAAGCUUGAUCUCGAGCUUGUUAAAGAUGCUGCAAAUUGGCUUAGGAGGACGCUAGACCUCACCAUAUUUGGUUUUGAUGUUGUUGUUCAGGAAGGCAGUGGUGACCAUGUCAUUGUUGACGUGAAUUACCUGCCAUCGUUCAAGGAAGUUCCCGAUGAUACUGCAAUACCCGCCUUCUGGGAUGCCCUGAAGGAGAAGAUAGUUUCAACAAAGAAGCAAAAAGCACGAGAAACCUCUUAGUUCCUUUUCUACUUGUUGAUAGAGAUACAGCUCCGAAGGAUUCUUCCUUCCCCUCAUAAUCUCAAGAUUUGCUGUUGUGUUGCAUGUUUUGCCAAAAUUUGCAGAAUGUGAAGUUAGUAAAUGUGGAUUAUAGUGUGCUGAGGAUGUUUAAAGAACAUAAAGUAUGAUUUUACAGUAACCGGUGGUGGUAAUGGGGCCGGCUCCAGCAUUUUCAGGUU